GUGCCCCUAGUUGAGCGUAGCAAGAUGGCGCUGCCCUUUGCUCGGUCGCUGUGCCUGUGCCGCUCGGGAGCCAAACGACUGGGGGUCACCGCCUCGGAAGCCCGCAGAGGAGUCAGUUUUAAGCUGGAAGAAAAAACCGCCCACAGCAGCCUGGCGCUCUUCAAAAACGACACAGGCGUCAAAUACGGCCUGGUGGGCUUGGAACCCAGCAAGUUGGCCCAGAACCUGGAACGUUUCCGUGAGUGGGCGGUUGUGCUGGCCGACACAGCGGUCAGCGGUGGCAGGCACUACUGGGAGGUGACGGUGAAGCGCUCCCAGCAGUUCCGGAUAGGAGUGGCAGAUGUGGACGUGUCCCGAGACAGCUGCAUCGGAGUUGACGAUCGUUCCUGGGUGUUCACCUAUGCCCAGCGCAAGUGGCACACCAUGUUGGCCAACGAGAAGGCCCCUGUUGAGGGCAUCGGGCAGCCGGAGAAGGUGGGACUGUUGCUGGAAUUUGAGGCCCAGAAACUCAGCCUCGUGGACGUGAACCGGGUUGUUGUGGUCCACACGCUAAAGACAGAUUUCCGGGGUCCUGUGGUGCCUGCGUUUGCCCUUUGGGAUGGAGAGCUCCUGACCCACUCAGGAUUAGAGGUGCCCGAGGGCCUCUAGGUUCUGUAGCACUGGAGCCCAUAAUUCAUUCUUGGCCAGUCUCCUGCUGCAUCAGAAACCUUUUAAUAUUAUCUCAAGCAAUCUAUAGUUUCCUCAAUUCAGCGUGCAAUAUCUUAGUCAUUUUCCUUUCACCUAUCCUAUGGCUGGGCACAACAAUCCUGUCCCCUCCCGCAAAUGGCCAGUUUCUUAACUACCAUGAGUGUUUUUUUUUUUUUUUUUCUUGACUUGCUUCCUCUGCCUCUCUAUCUCUGUGCCCAGACCUUUCUCAGUCUGUAUUCUCCAGUCUAGGAUCAGACCUUUCAGCUUGGUUUGAGUUUAAUCCAUCACUAUACUUCUCCCUCUUUGUUCAUAUAUAACUUGUUUUUGGAGCUCUACCAAAUCUCUCCAGAGCAAAUCUUUUCUACCUCCGGCUAGAUGAGCAGUAUAGCCCAAGGGUUGGCCCAUUCUCUAUCACAGUUUGGGGUCUGGCUACUCAGAAGUGCUUUACUUUAUCAGAGGAAGAACAGAGCUGUCCUUCCCCGGUACCUCAGUGCCACACUUUUAGCCCCACAAGUUGCAAUUGUCCUUAUAGCUAUCCCUUCGCCUUAACACCUCUGACACCUGGUCAGUCUGUUAGAUUCAUUGGGCCAGUUACAACCAUGACCAAGGGAGAAGAGACACGAGGGAUAGUGAGGGGUCUCAGAACCUUAAUUCUUGAGGAGUUCCAUCUUCGUUUCUGCUACAGUUAGAACUUCCCGAGGGAGGAGGAAGGCCUGAGGUCUUACAUAAACCAUUCCUAGGCCUGCCCAGACCCAAACCCUUGUCCCUAUUGGCAGCAGAACACAUUUAGCCUAAGGCAGUAUUUGAGGUUAAGGAGGAUCUGGUGGGUGAGUGAGCAUGAAAUAUGUAUUGUUUAAACGCUGAUCCUAUGGUUCUAUUUUAUUCUACACCUUUCUGAGGUGACACAGCUAGAUGGUACUUAGAAAAAAUGAGUUUAGCAAAAAUGAUUUGUGUAAUUAAAGUUUAUUUGAACACAAAA